AUGGGCGCCAUAUCCCUCCCCCUCAAGCCCCUCAAGCCGGCCCCUCGCCGCCGCCAGCUCCCCGUCCUCAUGGCCGUCUGCGUCCUCGGCGCAAUGGCCCUCUUCUACAUGCUCCUCGCCAUUGCGCCAUGCAUGGUCGGCGCGACAUGCUACAGAGGCUACCGGUCUGCCUACAGCUUCGACGCCGGCGACGACCUGCAUCCGGAUUGGAUGGCGGCGAUUCCCGACGACGUCCGCCUCACCAGCUUGAGCAUCCCCGGAACCCACGAUACCAUGACGUACGAGAUUGGGUCGGAGCAGCUGCAGUGCCAGAAUUGGAAUCUGAGCAUGCAGUUGAACAGCGGGCUGCGAUAUCUCGAUAUCAGGGCGAGGCUGAGGGAUGACGAGCUGCACAUUUAUCACGCGAAUGGGUAUACCGGCUUCGGAUACCAACAGGUCCUCCUCGACGUCUUCGCGUUCCUCGACGCCCAUCCCUCCGAGACGGUCAUCAUGCGUCUCAAGGAGGAAGGAAACCCCGUCGGCUCCAACAACUCCAUCUCCUUCGAAGACGCCUUCAACUACCACCACUUCUCCUCCCCCGCCACCGCGCCCGGCUCCGCGAAGCACCUCCACAAAUACCAAUUCGCCGCUCCCAUCCCUACCCUCGGCGCCCUCCGCUCCAAGAUAUUCAUCCUGCAAAACUUUGACGCUCGCAAUGGCCCGUACGGUCUCCGCUGGGAAGGCCCCGAGAUGGUCCUCGAAGAUCUAUGGAUCAUCCCAGACGUCUACCACCUUUCCGAGAAAUGGAACGCCAUCCGCGACGCUCUCGAAAACGCCGCGCUGGCACCGGACGAUAACCGCUUCCUCUACUUGGCGCAUACGUCCGCCUCGGUGGGCGUGCUCCCCAUCGAAGCUGCGGCUGGACCGAUGAACAGGACGAUCCAGGGCAUGAACGACAUGACGGGGCAGUAUCUCGAGGAUGCGUCGGCCAAUGUUGACGAGGCGCGGGUGGGCGUUGUCAUCAUCGAUUUCCCGGGCAAGAAGCUGAUUAAGACGAUUUUGAAAUGGAAUGUUUGGCUAAAGUGA